AUGGCUGCGACGCAAGCCGAGAGCCAACAAAACGAUGUGAAGCUGAACGAGUCCGUGAAAUGUGCACAGAAACGUCCGCAAGUCGGUGGGAAUAGUGCAAGUGUUAAUACGAAGCAGCAGCUGGAUCCAGAGCCGGGUGAUAAAGUAUCCCGGGGCGCGGCCCAGCUGCUUAAAUAUGUGAAUCGCGGCGGGGACACGGGUUUCGAGAUGAGUCAAUACCGCGAGGACAUUGGUGGACACACUGCCGGUGAAGUAAAAUCACCCAGAGAAGCUGGACAAGCUCCUCAAGAAUCUAUUGGCAAGCAAGAGCCUCUCGAUACGCCCGGGCAUCCAAACCAUCCCGGACAUCCGUUUACGUCGAACGUUAUACGCGAUUACCCUGAGGAGUAUACCAACAAAUCAAACGAAUUUCCCUCCAAAUCAUUGACUGAGUAUCCAAGUAAGCAGGUACCAGAAUAUAUAGGAAAGCAUGGAGACUUUCCAGGAAAACAAUUGGAUUAUCAUGGUAAACACUUAAUACAUGAAAGUGAAAGAGUUCAUCGGGCAGAAAUGGAAGAGCAUUAUGCAGCUUCCAAGAUUGAAUCACGAUUGGCAUAUGUAGGAGCUACACCAAGCAGUUUUCCAGGACAACCAAGGUUUCUAUCAGGACAAAGUAUAUCACAAGCUACUGGUCCAACACCUACAUUAAAUCAGUUACUUCAAGCAUCUACACCUGUACAUCGUUUUCAUGGAAAUUAUCCUGGAAUGGGGCCAGAGCCAUAUCAACAACCAUGGCCUAUUCAACGACCUCCAGUUGUCCCUCCAGUGUAUCCACAACCUGGCCAACGUCCUCCACAAACGGGAUCACCAAGAUUACAUGCAGGUCCUGGAGGACCUAGUUCUCCAACUCCUAUGCCAUAUCAACAAUAUACACAACGUUAUUCUUCUCCUGCAAGACCUCAUGCACCAUACAGUCAUCAUCAGCUAAAUUCAUAUACUACGCAAACUAGCCAUCCUUCCAGUCUUUAUACAGAACAAAGAGGUUGGAAUCAAGGUGGACCACCAAAUCCACCACCACCUCCAGCCAAUCAAACCAAUCCUUCCAGUCAGUCACCACAACGUGCUCUUUCUCAAUCUCCAGCACCACCACCUUCUGCAUCACCACAACCACAGUCAACUGGCCAAUCUCAAAGUUUUCACAAUCUACAGCAACGAUCAACAACUCCUAAUACUCAAGGAAUUGAUUCAGGGGAGUUAUCUGGACAAAACAGUAACGAUAGUUCGAAUGGACCUGCUUGUCCGGGAACACCUAAUUCACAGGGGAUGAGACCAACCCCUUCUCCUACAGGAUCUACAGGUUCUCGCUCAAUGUCCCCUGCUGUUGGUCAACAAAACGUUCAGAUGCCUCCACGUCCGUCAAGUAGCCAGUCAGAUGGUAGUGGACCAGCACGAAUGAGCCAUUCUCCUAUGACAACUCAAGGAGCAUACCAACAACCAUUGGGUCCUUCACCACACAUGCAUAGUUAUAAAAUGAACAAUACUGGUCCUGGUGUUGUUCAACCAGGACCUGGUUCAGCAAGCCUUGGUGGAAUGAAUCCAAUGGGUGGUGGUAUGGGAUAUGCAGCUAGUGGGACGGCUGCAGGCCAGCCUGGAGGUUAUCAUACACAAGGUACCUAUCCACCUCCACGUCCACAUGUACAAUUUCCACAAGGAUAUCCAUCACCAGCUAAUUCACAACCACCACCUAAUAAUCAAUAUCAGGCUUCUAAUAGACCUAAUAAUUUGGUGCAAUAUCCUCCAUAUACUCAUAAAAUGGGAUUUAAUAGUGUACCACCAGGAAUGCCACCUAGUCCAGGUCCACCUCAAGUUUAUGGAGGUAGUAGUACAACAGGUAUGGUACCACCAGGUACUCCUGGAGUUGCUGUGAUUGGUAAUAUGGGCCCACCAGCAAGUUCAAUGGGUCCUCCACCACCAUCACCUAAUCAUAUUAGUAGUCAGCCACCACCAACUAGCUCAGCUGUACCACAUUUGCAUACUCCUGCGGCCACACCACCUCUCAAUCAUGAAGGAAGUCCAAUGCCUCCACCAAGUACUACACCUAACUCACAUCCUACUUCAACACCAACACCAGCCAGUCAUAAUUCUGCAGAUCUUACUACUGAAACUUCUAAUGAUAGUGGUAUAACUACUACUGCUUCAGGUACUUCAGGUAUAAAUGUUACCUCUACUUCAAGUGGCACUGUUACAUCUGUAAUAACAACUGGUCCUGAUGGUACAUCUUUAGAUGAAGGUUCUCAACAAUCUACAUUGUCAAAUGCAUCAGCUGCUUCUGGAGAAGAUCCAGCAUUUACACCAAAGGUACGGAAAGAAAUGAUAGGAGGAUAUCACAGUCAUCCAACUACACCACAAAGUACAGUUCCAUCACCUGGCGCAGCGAGUAUUAACUCGAUACACGAAGAAUAUCCUGAUAUGAACAGUCCUGGUUGGCCACGUACUCCUGCUAGUCCUGUAUUUAACAGUCAUGUGCCUCAAGACCCGUACAGAUCUAAGAAACCAGACAGUUUAGCAAAGCUAUACGAAAUGGAUGAUUCAAUGGAACGACGAACAUGGCUGGAUAAAUUAGUUAAUUUCAUGGAAGAACGAAGAACACCUAUUACUAGCUGUCCUACCAUCUCCAAGAACCCCCUCGACUUAUUUCGGCUAUACCUCUACGUGAAAGAGAGGGGGGGCUUCAUGGAGGUAUGCAAGGUGACCAAAAACAAAACAUGGAAAGAUAUAGCUGGUUUAUUGGGCAUUGGAGCAAGUAGCAGUGCAGCAUAUACAUUACGAAAACAUUAUACCAAGCACUUGCUGGCAUAUGAAUGCCACUUCGAUCGUGGAGGUGUGGAUCCUCAGCCUAUUAUAAAUCAAGUUGAAGCUGGUUCAAAAAAACCAUCAAAAGCAACUGCUUCUGUACCUUCACCAGGAUCUUCCAAUUCACAAGAUUCGUUCCCUGCCGCUGGAUCAAGCAAUGCUUCUAUGGAUGGUUAUGGAAGUUAUCAAAGUAGUUAUAGUGGAGGUACACCAGGAGGACCUUCGUCAGAAUAUACGCCUCCUCCUCCAAGACCUCCCAGUCAAAGUAGUGCACCUUCUCCGCAUCAAGGUGGUUUGAACCAGGGCGGGCAGAAUAGCACGAAUCCGUUCGACGACGGCGUGGGACGCCUUUUUCGCAAGUCGAACGCAACGCCCCACCCUGGUCCGCUACGAGCCUCAGGCAUACAACAAGGCAGUUACCAAAAUACAGGUUCCUAUCAAAAUUAUCCACAAGAUCAAUACAUCCGACCCCAAGCAAAUACAUUGUCACAACAGGGAGAAUUCAAUCAACCUUAUUCACCCCGAUCGCAUUAUUCACCUUAUGUACCAGAUGUUGACAGAGGAUAUCCAGGAGGAAAUAUGCCACCAAAUAAUGCUGGUGGACAAGAUAUAUAUAAUAGAUACAGUAGUAGUCAACAACCUGCAAAUUACUCAGCAGGAACACCACCUAAUGCAAGAAGUAAUAGCUAUCCAUCUGCACCACAAGCACAUCCAGCUACUGUACCACAACAAACAGCAACUAGCCAACCUUCUUCACCUUCACAGCCUUCUGCUGCUUCAUCUUAUUCUUGCCCUCAAGAUUAUUAUCGACAAGAACAGGGAGGAUAUGGAGCUCCUGGAGGAACUCAGAUAUAUUCAGGUGGUGCAAGUGCAAAUAAAAAUAUGCCACCACCACCCCCAGGUCCUAAUCCUCCUCGACGUCAUCCAGAUUUUGCCAAAGAUCAACAAUAUCCUCAGUAUAAUCAACAACGACCAGCGUAUCCAGGAUGGCCAAAUACAACAAAUCAAUACAAUAGUACUAGUGGAAAUAAUAGAGUUCAAUAUCCAUCUCAACAACCACAAUCUCAGACACAACAACAACAACAACAAUCGCAACAGCAAACACCACAAUCUGCUUCUUCUACACCUUCGUCAGGACUUGCUAAUAAUCAACAAUGGGGUAGUCAACAACCAAAUAGAACUACUCCUCAACCAACAUUGAAUGCUAUAGCUCAUGCACCUCCACCGUAUCAUCGUUAUUCGAAUCAACCGUCCCCUCUUUAUCCUGCACCUGGAAAUCAUCAGAAUCAGCUUGGUAUAAAUCCCAUGAUUAACCAGCAACCUACAUCGAAAAGAGAAAUGACAUUCCCUCCGGAUAGUGUGGAAGCAAUAACCCCACUUCUGUAUAAGCGCCGGAAACUUACACGUGCUGAUGUAGCACCAAUAGAAGCUUGGCGUAUUAUGAUGGCUUUAAGAUCAGGCUUAUUAGCUGAGAGCUGUUGGGCUCUUGAUGUGUUAAAUAUUUUAUUAUUCGAUGAUUCUUCUGUAAGUUAUUUUGGGUUGGCACACUUGCCUGGGCUUUUGGAUGUUCUACUGGAACAUUUCUCACGUUCUUUAUCUGAUAUGUUUGAAUCACCUGUGAAUGAAGACGAUCGUAAUUGGAAUCAAUCAGCAGAUGGUCCAGAAGUCGAUCUUGGUGCCGUAACGCGUCCUAUUGAUCCUGAAGAUCGAACCAAAUUACUUUCAUCAUCAAAUUACACGCUUUUAUCCAGACGAGGUCGUCCGGUAAAAAUUAUCCCGAGAGACGACGAUUUAUUUGUUUUAGACACAAGAAGAUCUUGGGAUCAUCAAGAUUGUGAAUCAGAAACUGAACCUUGGCAAGUCGAUAAUAACACGACUAAAUAUAUAGUAACGUGUUUUCAAUCUGAAAUAGGAACAGUGCCAUUCGCACGUCUCCUUCGAGAUGAAAAACCACCUUUGCUGCAAAAGGAAGUAGAGUGUACAGACUUGAAAGAUGAAACCAAAGCAGAUUCUGGUACGCUCGAAUCACUAGAAUUCUCUCAAAAAAUGACCGAAUCUGGGGAGAAACCAAAAGAAACAAAUGAGAAGAAGCAAUUGGACAAGAAGAAGAAGACAAAAACUUUAAGUGAUGUUUUAUCAAGGAUUAAAAAGGAACCAGUUGAGAUGAACGAUCUUACGAGAGAAUUAUUCGAGAAAAAGAAUGACGGAUUUAAGAAAGAAUGUGAUACAGAAGCAAAAGUAAAUAAUAAUAUGGGUGAACACUUUUCAGACAUGCAAAAGUCUGAAGAGGAACUUAUAUUAGCACAAAAUGGUUUGAAUGAUACAACAAAUAAUAUUGAAAUGGAGAAAAAUGAGAUUAAAAUUGAAAAUGAGGAACAAGAAUCAGUAAUGAAAAAUGAUAAUAAGGAGGGACCAAGAUUAAAAAUAAGAGAUCCAGCAGGUACGUUGAAAAGAAGACGAAUAAGCGAUUAUGAGGAUGAAAGUUAUUCAAGGGACGAAGCAAGUUUAUAUCUUGUUACGGAAACACAAGAUAAUCUGGCUCGACGUUGUGUAUGUUUAUCCACAAUACUAAGGAAUCUCACAUUUAUCCCGGGUAAUGAGGCUGAAUUCGCUAAAAAUGUGACAUUUUUAAGUCUUCUUGGUAAGUUAUUGUUAUUGCAUCAUGAGCAUCCAGUGAGGACACAGAAGACAAGAAACUAUGAUCGCGAAGAAGAUGCAGAUUUCGCGGACUCAUGUAGUAGCUUACAAGGAGAGAGUGAAUGGUGGUGGGAUUUUUUGCAUCACAUAAGAGAAAAUGUACUUGUCAUGGCAGCAAAUAUAGCUGGUCAUAUGGAUUUAAGUCAACAUCCGGAAGAAAUAUCUCGACCGGUAUUGGAUGGUCUUUUACAUUGGGCCGUGUGUCCGGCUGCUCAUGGACAAGAUCCUUUUCCUACAGUUGGUCCGAAUUCUUCUUUAUCACCGCAAAGAUUAGCGCUGGAGGCUUUAUGUAAGCUUUGCGUAACAGAAUGCAAUGUGGAUCUGGUGGUUGCUACACCUCCAUACUCGAGACUCCAGAGACUUUGUUCGGUAUUGACCAGGUUACUUUGCCGAAGCGAAGAACAAGUAUUGCGCGAAUUUGGCGUGAAUUUGCUACAUUUUCUAUCCGCAGCAGAUAGCGGUGUGGCUCGUACAAUUGCUUUGCAAACACCUUGUGUAGCAUUAUUGGUAGCAUUCAUCGAGCAGGCAGAAUCAAGCGCAUUAGGAGUUGCAAAUCAACAUGGAUUAGCAGCACUGCGUGAUAAUCCCGAAUCAAUGGGCACAAGUUUGGACAUGCUACGACGUGCAGCCGGCACAUUGCUGAACCUUGCUAGGCAUCCUGAUAACAGAACUCUGCUAUUACAACACGAAUCACGAUUACUCGCCUUAGUGAUGAGUCAAAUUUUAGAUCAGCAGGUGGCUGCGAUCGUUGCUCGUGUAUUGUUCCAGUGUUCCAGGGGCACGUAACUUUAUUUUAUUAAUGGAUGGUAUAUUCCUCUUCUUUUUUCGUUCUUGGUUGAUCCGCGGGUUUGUUUGUUUAGCCCCCUUGUGCAAAAAGUGAUUAAUUUUUGUGUCCAAAUAAGAGACACGAGAGACAGCUUGUAGAAAAAAGCUGCUGUUGCUGCUAUUCAUUUUAGGAAAUAUGAGAGCGAGAAAUGUUAGAAAGAUAGUUAAAACGAGUGCGAGUGAAAAAACAAGAUUAUAUAGAAGGAAAAUUGAUGAGAAAAAAUAAAAUGCGGGAUUUAGAGUGUGUAGAAAAGGAACAAAGUGUCGAUAUAAUAUAACACCACGUGGUUGUAGUUUUAUAUCGAAUAAUAAAAAAGAAAACAACAGAAAAGUAAGAAAGUUAAUUAUCGGUGUUAGUAAGUUAAGAUAUACUGCGACGCUGUUUAAUAUGAAUACGCGUCGAGUAUAUCUUUCUUACUUCAUGAAUUGGAAUAAUAUCGAUAGUGUAAGAUGUUUCAUAGUUAAUAAAAAAGGAAAAAAGAAUGCGAGAAAGAACUAAACUGUGAACAAAGAAAAGACGAAAAAUGGAAAAAUAAGAACUCGUAGAGAUAUAAACGGGGUGUAGUGAUAAAGGGAAGAUGGGAAGGGGGUAAAAAUGAAAAACAUAACAUGUUAAAAAGAUGAGAAAAAUGAAAUAAUCGUUAAGCAGCAUAAUAAUAUAUAUAAAAAAAAAGGGAACGAGAUAAAUGACGUUUAAACAACUAAGAAGGAAAUCUGUUUUGACGAACCUAAAAUGGUGCGAUGUGAACGAUAAAGAAUAUUGGGUGACGAUUAUAUAUAUAAAUAUUAACGAUAAUAUGAUGCAAAUUUUUAUAUUUGCAUGUUUUGUGCUGUAAUUAGCGAGUAAUUAAGAUAUUUUGUAGAUAACACACACUUCCAUUGAAUCUUAUUCGAAUUGCGCCGCGUCGUGUAAUAAGAUAACAAAAAAAAAUAAUAAAAGAUGAUGUAACACGGCUCGUACGCUCACGGUGGUUUCGCUUGCAGACAAAAAAGAAAGAAAAUAAAACGUGGGCCACCAAGAGUCUCGACUUUAGAAGCACAGGCAAAACUAGAACUGAAGAAAGACA